AUGCCUUAUGCUUUAGGAUACACCACUUCUUCUAGUGGUCAUCGUAGCUACAAAAUCUUGAGGCGUUAUUAUAGUCAAAACGACAAGAAAGUGUUGGGUGAGAUCUAUGAGUUUACCUCUGAUUCGUGGAGGGUUCUUGAUGCCUCCUUUCCUCUUCUUGGCUACUCCGUGAAUCGCAACGGCGUGUGUUUGAAAGGAGACGCUUACUUUGUUGCUCCUCGAGAUAAAGUAAAUGAUGCUUUCUUGAUCACAAAGUUCGAUUUCACUACCGAGACGCUCGUGCGUCUCCCUCUUCCGUUUCAGAAUCUUCAUCCUUGGGAUAAAGCGUUUCUUUCGGUCGUUAGAGAUGAAAAAAUCGCCUUGUUACAUGUGUGGCGAAUCUACAUUUCUGACGAGUAUAUGGAGAAACAAGUUUAUGAAGCUAAUAAGAUAUCUACUUUCGAUUGGCCACGUAUCAUCAGUUAUGAAGAAAAGUACACCUAUGAAGAGGCAAAAGAAACAGAGGCUGUGUUAUAG